AUGUCCAAACCCUGCACCAACAGCUGCACCAACCGUCAAAGAGAUUCAUUAGUUGAUAAUGGCGAUGAUGACUUUGAUAUCCUCCAGAUUGUUCAGAUGCGGUUGCAGGGUAACUCAAUUGCAUCUCAAAGCUUUGUUCUGCCGAGACAGGAACGACAUGUGCACGGCAAUAACCAAACUGAACCGUGCAGUUCAACAACCACGUCUGCUUAUACACCACCACCACCACCACCACCGCCACCAACACCAUCCGCUACCACAAGGCCAGAAAUACAGCAAGAUGCUACGACUUUAUUGGCAGAAUGCCAAAAAACAGAACUUGAGCCUGAAACAACUCCAGCACAACCUCCACGACCAAGGAUUCCUGGGGCCUAUGCCGUUGAAGGAUUGGGGACUGGUGACGAGGUGGGGCAUGUCACUGAAGCCGGAGAAAAUGGUGAUGAUGUUGUUGCACAUCCUGUCAAUGAGGACAAUGAUCUACAAUCAGGAGAGCUACAGAAUGCAGAGCCUCUGAUAUUUUCCAGACGGACCAGAAUCUAUUGGAGACAAAGAUUGGAGACUGGUGCAGAGAUUCCCUCUGGCCACAUUCUACUAUUCUACAAGAGGAGACCAUUGGGUGAGCAUCAUGGCUGGCUGGACUGGGACACAAAUGAAUGCGACUGGGAACUUAUAUUUUUGUGGGGCAAAGUUGACUCACCAGAACUGCACUGUAAUGACAAAGGAGAAAUCAAAGGAUUGGAAUUUGGGCAUACCAAUAAUCUUGAAGGAACACUUCCACCCGAGAUCUCAUUAUUGGGCAACAGCUUGCAAGCACUUGGAUUCCUGCGAGAGUUCCAACUUGAAGGAACGAUCCCAACAAAGAUUGGACUCUUGACAAAACUAACAAGGUUAGAAUUGGGUGCAGCUGCACUUUCUGGCACAGUGCCAACCGAGUUCGGAUGUCUGCAGAGUUUAGAGCAACUCGUGAUGUCGUCUGGCUCUCUGCCUUCAGAGCUUGGAAAACUGGGCAAUUUAACAAUCUUCAAAGUGGUCAAUACAGACCUAACAGGAUCCCUCCCUGUUGAAGUCUGCCGAAUGCAUCAGCUAACCCAGAUAGUUGUGAUAGGCAGCCCUGGACUAUUCUCUGAGUCUCUUCUUCCAGAGAUCAUUAGGAACAUGCCAAGACUACAAUUAUUAGUACUCGACCAAAGGAAAUCUGGUGAUAAGAUGCCAUUGCUUUCUUGGUUUCUCUGCACAGCUGAAAUUGGCAUGCUAUCAGAGCUAGAUAACCUGCAUUUGGUUGACUGGAAAAUAGAUGGCACUGUUCCAAAACAGCUUGGGCACUUAACAGAUUUGAAGUUUUUGACCCUCAAGGGAAACUCAAUAGCAGGAACUAUGCAUUCUGAACUGUUUGAUUUGACAAAUCUGAUUAGCCUAGACAUCGAAGCCAAUCAAAUGAAAGGGUCACUUCCCCGUAUGCUCUUUUCCAAGUUGACAAACUUGCAAUACUUGCGAAUCAAUUAA